AUGAGGAAUGGACAUAAGUCAUCUAUGUUGUGCCCAUGUGUUGGUUGUAAGAAUGAGAAGCAGUACUUGAAUAAGUUGUCAGUCAAUGCCCACCUAAUUCUUCGAGGAUUCAUGGAUGACUAUAGAUGUUGGAACAAACAUGGAGAAGAAGGUGUCAAUGAGCGAGAUGGUGAGGAAGGACUUCAUCAAACUGGUGUCGGUGGUAAUGAGGAAGCGCCCUUUGGCAAUGAGGAAGCACCCUUUGGCUAUGAGGAACUAUGUGAUGAUAAUGUAGCAGAGAUUGUUGCUAGCCCUGUCCCAAUGGUUGAGAAUCUGGAGGAGAUGGUGCGUGAUGCGUUUGGCUUUGAUGAGUACACUGGUUUGGAGUUCAAGAAGCUAAAGCAGCUGUUGGAAGAUAUGAAGACACCACUCUAUCCGAGUUGCAAUGAGAGGUAUAUGAAGUUGUCCGCUUCACUACAGCUUCUCCAACUAAAGGCGGCACAUCACUGGACUGACAAGGGCUUUAGAGAAUUGCUAGAAGUGCUCGAAGAUAUGCUUCCAUGGGGGAAUCAAAUACCCAGGACUGCAUAUGAGGCCAAGAAAAUUGCUUCUCCUACGGUGGGUGCCGAGGAGCCCGCCCAGGCUGCGGACGCCGACACAGAGCUACCGGCCGCAACGGGAAGGGACGGCCCAAUCGAAGCUCCGGAGCGGCUGGCGCGCCUAGAUCCGCCGCCUGAGUCCACCUUUCUGGAUGCGAGGAGGGCAGCUGGGGAGGGAGGAAUCAAGGGCCUGCGCCCGCCGCCGGUGCUCAAGCCGCCGCCUUCGAUGGCGCUGCCAGCUGUCUGCGGCGUCGGAUCCACGUGGGAUAUCUUGCGGUCGUUCGCGCCGGAUGAGAAAGAGGAUGCCCCCGCGAGCAGAUCUGGCCAUCGUUUUGGACACUGGGAUGCAGUGGAGAAGGAUGACGACGAGGAUGGGGCGGUAUUGUUAAUGUUGGACGAUCUUGGGCUGGAGGAGUCGUCCGAGGGCUUCACUGAUACUUCUUCGCUAUCAACGACCAACGAUGACGAGACCUCAAGCACCACCACAGAAUCCAUUGAGGGUGUCUUCUUUGCUGUCAAAGAAGUAAACUUAUUUGAUCAAGGGAGCAAUGCGAAGCAGUGUAUCUUUCAGCUUGAGCAGGAGAUGGAUGACGAGGACUACUCGUGGGUGCGGCGCACCAGGUUCUCGCAGUCCAUCGUCAGGUCCAGCUCCGGCAGGGAGCAGUAUGGUGCGUUCAUCGAGCAGUUCAGUCGUGGCGCCGAGCUGAGGCAGAAUGGGUUGGGCACAGGGUACAAGCACCCUCGCCAGAAGGGGGUCGUCGGCCUGAACUUGGACAUUCCUCAGCGGCAUGUGGUUCGGCCAUCCAAGGAGAGCCCAGACGUGCUGGAUUUCUCUUUCCACUCGGACGAGCACAGCCAGAGGCUCCAGAGAGUGUGUUCCAGCCCGGCUCCUUUCUUUAUGAAGGAUGCAACAGCAAUAGCUGAUUCAUGUCAUUCUCUUUUCCAGCUUGGUUAG